CUCAUCCUCCACCUCUACGCUGCAUAUAACUAGACGCCAAACCCAUGGCAGUUCUUCCAUAGAGCUACAUCAGUGUCUCCAAAACUCUCCAUGGUCAGGGAAAAGAGUGGUGCUAGAGAGAUGCCCGGCCGCGGUCUGCUGGGUGCCGGAGGAGCUGCAGGUGCGAGGAAGAACAAGAUGGUCAAGAUAGCGGUGACCGCGCUGGCCAUGGCGCUGCUUCUCACGGCGGCGGCUGUCUCCACGGCGCCCGACGGCCGAGGCCGGCUCCGCGCCUUCUUCAUGAUGAUCUGCGUGCUCUCCCAGAUCAACCUGGGCCGCUUUCUGGCGAGGGAGGCCGUUCGGGCGCGGACAACGGCGGCCCGGCGGUGCUACGCGGUGAGCGCCGUCGCGUGCUGCGUGGAGCUCGCGCUCAAGCUGUACAUGAUCCUGGUGCUGUGCCCGGCGGGGGUGGAGGACGGUGUUCACUGUUUAGGUACGCCGCGCUCGGGUGGAUGUGCCUGCCGAAGGAUCGAAGAUUGAUCAUUUUGAAGUCUGAAGAUGCGCCGUUUUGUUUAGUUCCUACUCUGCUAAGCUACAAGUUUGGAAGGGUCCGGUGUUAUUUCUCGUCUAGAACUUAUUCUGUUGGUGUCUUGUUGCAUUGGGAUGCGGCCCUUUAGGCUAUAGGCUAGGUAUGAACAAAGAAGGGAUUUGAACUUAUUUCCCUGAAGGCUUCAAGGUUGGAAACUUGGAAUGUAUGAAGUAAU